UUCAAAAUGGUGGUCUGCGCUGUGAAAGGUUGUAGUUCUCGCUAUGGAAAUUGUAAAGGCGUUUCUUUAUUUCGACUGCCUAAAGUUAUAUUACACCAAGGUGAAACAGAUCGGCAGUUAACUGAACGUAGACGUCGUACAUUUUUGGCCAAUAUUUACCGAAGCGGUGUGAGUGAAGCAGCUGCAAACAACAUUCGGAUCUGUUCUCGACACUUUGUUUCAGGUAGACCAGCAAACUUCAGAGAUGAAACAAAUGUUGACUGGGCUCCCACUCUGUUCCUUGGACAUGAUAAUAUUUCUAUGGCAAAAGUGAAGUUAUCAGUCGAAAGACACACACGUACAUUAGAGAGACAAGCAAAGAAACGUGCUUAUGAAGCUGCAGAGGCCCUUUUGGUACUACCAUUGGGCAGUUCAACAAAUAUCCAGUGCUUUAAUAAUCAAACAGCCAAUACUUCCCCAGUGGAUAUGGGUGAAGGUAAUUCAACCAUUACUUCCCCAGUGGAUAUGGGUGAAGGUAGUUCAAAUAUUCAGUGCUUCAAUAAUCAAACAACCAACAUUUCCCCAGUGGAUAUGGGUGAAGGCAAUUCAAAUAUUCAGUGCUUCAAUAAUUAAACAAACCACACUUCCCCAGUGGAUAUGGGUAAAGAUAAGGCAAAUAUUCAGACAAUCAACACUUCCCAAUUGGCUAUUAGUCAUCAAUAUGCAAAGGAUAGCACACAAACUAUCACUAGCAGCAUUGGUGUCAAUAUAGAUUCUCUUUUUUUUGAGAUGCAACAGUUAAGGUGUGAGAAUUAUUUGCUUCGUGAAAAAGUAUUAUGCUUUGAGCUAACCCCAGAGUCUUUCAUUAAUGACGAUGAUAAAGUCAAAUUCUACACAGGUAUUCAUUCUUAUGGUGUACUGAUGCUUAUUUUCAAUAGCAGUAGUGGCACUAUAAAUCAUAACCACAAUAAUUGUCUCACCAAGUUUCAGGAAUUUGUGCUAACAUUGAUGAAAUUAAGGCUUAGUCUGCCGCUGCAAGAUCUGUCAUACAGAUUUAAAAUUUCACUGUCAACAGCCAGUAGAAUUUUUGAGAAAUGGGUUCGCCAUAUGGCUCACAACCUUAGACAAUUUAUAGUGUGGCCUGAAAGGGAGGACAUACAAAAAACUAUGCCUAAUUGUUUCAAGCGUUCCUUUGGUGCAAACACAGCAGUUAUUAUUGAUUGUUUUGAAAUUUUUAUUGACAAACCAUCAAGUCUAGCUGCUAGAGCAAUCACCUGGUCACAAUAUAAACACAAUACCAUUAAAUUUCUUAUAGGCAUCACUCCACAAUGUACUAUAUCUUUUAUAUCUAAGGCUUGGGGUGGUAGGGUUAGUGAUAAAUACUUAACAGAAAAUUGUGUCAUUUUAAACAAACUUUCACCUGGAGAUUUAGUUUUGGCUGAUAGGGGAUUUACAAUAGCAGAUAGUGUUGGGCUUUAUUGUGCAAAGCUUGCUAUUCCUGCUUUUACAAAGGAAAAAAAACAACUAUCAGCUUUGGAAGUGGCUGAGACAAGAAAGAUUGCAAAUGUUCGGAUUCAUGUAGAAAGGGUUAUUGGGUCAGUUAGACAAAAAUACAAAAUUCUAAGUGACACUUUACCACUGGAUUAUUUAAAUGAAAAGGGCAAUCCUUUAAUAGAUGAUAUAGUGACCACUUGUUGUGCAUUGAUUAAUCUUUGUCCAGCUAUUGUGCCUUUUGAUUAA